UAUUGUAUAUUCGACCAUGCAGGUUUUGCGACGGUUAUCUCCAAUUUGGGCGACUUUGGGUCGUUCAAGAGUUAGAAUAACAUCAGGAGACGUUAGUCUAUCUUGUUUCUUAUGUACCGAUAUUACGUAUGAUACGAGACAACGCGAUUUUCUCGGCGAACGCGUGGAAGAAGAACUGCAAUCAAAGAAUUAUUUGGAAGACGUUAGAAUUGGCAGUGUCAGCAGUUCCAGACAUCUUGUCAAACUUGUCGACCAAUUGCGACAACACGGUGCUCUGACUGUAACAAAUGCAAGACAAGCGUUGCAGAACUGCGGCAAAGUGUUGAUUGAUUCUAAGCCAGAGAGACGUGUGGAAUUGGUGCGAAGUCUGUGGCAAUCAUUUCAAGAUAAUGGUAUUGGUCUUGAUGUGACGCACUUCAAUGCAUUGUUGACUGUUUAUGUUGAGAAUGAUCACAAGUUUGCUCCACUGGAACUGGUGGAGGAAAUGAAAGAGAAAGAAAUACAUCCAAAUGUUGCAACGUUUCAACUUCUUUUGAAGAGUUACUGCUUGCAGGGUGAUGUCAGUGGAGCCAACUUAGUAUUGGAUCACAUGAGAAAUGAAGGCAUGCAAGUAUCUGAACCAAUUCUUGCUCCGUUGAUUAUUGGACAUGCAAGAGCAGAAGGUUUAGACAAAGCAACUGAAAUGUUUGAGAGAAUUCGAAGUGAAGGCUUUCAACUCGGGGUGGACAGUUAUCAUGCAUUGUUACGUUCAUUGGCUGAGAGAGGAGAUUUGGACAGAAUACAGAAUGUGUUGGAUGAAAUGAAUGCAUCUCGCCUCUAUCCACCUGUUGUGUUGUAUACAGACUUGAUUGAGACUCUUUCAGCUCAUGGACAUACUCAUCUAAUUAACACAUUUCUGGAUACAAUAAAGAACAUUGGAAGAAUGAGAUCAGAUUUAGAAUCAGUAAUGAAGACCCUCUUAGUCAAUGGUGAUGUUGAUGGAGCAAUGGCGAUUCUGCUCAAAAUCGGUCAUGUCAUGAUCUCAUCUCAGACAGAUGGUUUACGGCCUGGACGGCAGUUUCUCUCUCAUUUACUGAAGAGCAAUCCACCAUAUCCAACUGAUUUUCUUCUAAAGUCAGUAUCAAUCUUAAGAUCUCGAGAUCUCCAUCGUACACCAUACGAAGACCUUCUCUUCAGUGUAUUCGAUAGAGAAGACACAGACAAUGCUAUUGUAGUUAUCAAGGAGAUGAUCUCUUCGUUUGUUCCUGUCAAGCCACAUUAUUUCUAUCCUCUUCUUGCUCAAUUGAAGAAGAGUGAAAAUCUCAGUGGAAUGUUGGAUGUUAUAAAAUUGAUAAAAGAUAGUGAUUUUGUGUGUGCAAAACCACAUUUGGACUACGUUGUUGAUACUGCAUUGCCUCUCGGUGAAGUUGAUGGACUCAUCAAGGCACUCAGUGAUACAGGAGUUCAGUUAUCACCUGAAGAGAAGGGUGUCUUCCUUCAGACGUUGGUCACUGCUAACUGCAUUGACACUGCAGUGAAAUUUUUAACAUCAGACGUUGUAUCAGUUGAACCACGAGGAGUGUUGGGAAUGUUUGCUCACGUUCCAAUCCCUAAAUUCAAGGAGAUUAGUGACCCAUCAGAGGUGCCAGUGUUUAAGCUUUUUGAAACACUCAGAGAUUGUGAAGGGGUUUCUUCUGAAGCUCUUUCUGUAAUCAGCAAAGAAUUUGUUGUAUCUAUGAUUCGAAGAUCAAACCCUAAGACUGCAAUUCAAGCCUUAGAGACUCUACUGGAAAUGGGUGUGAAGGUCGUACAUUAUUUGCCAUACACUGAAAUUAUGACUGAGUUGAAACGACAAGCUGAUGUCGUGAACAUGAGAAAGCUAUUGCAGCUAAUGAAGGAACAUGACAUUCCCGUUGAUUCAGUGCAGAGAAGAAUUGCUCUGAGACUUGCAUCUUACAGUGGCAGCGGUGACAUGGCAAUUGAGGCGUUUAUCGGUGGAAAGCCGGCUGAUUUCGAGAAACCAUGGCAACCUCAGAGCGAGCUGAUCAUCGCUUAUUGCAAGGACAAGAAAAGAUCGAAUGAAUCAUUGCUGAAAGUGUAUGAAGAGUUGGUCAGUAAGGGAUUGAGGCCAACUGCUUCUGCAUAUGGUCAUUUGGUAGGAAGAAAUCUACGAGAUGGAAAUAUAGUAGAUGCAGAGAGGUUUAAACGAGAAAUGCAAGAGCUGUUUCCAAUAAGCCAAUCUUUGUACAAGGGAUUUAUGACAGCUUAUGCAAAACGAGGAGAUGUAGAAGCACUGAAAAGAACUUUAGCUGAAUCAGAAGCACAAGGGCAUGUUUAUGAUCCUUCCAAAUGGUUUCUUCUCAUCGAGGCUCACGCAGUCCAUGGUGAUGCUGAAUCAGCUGAACAGCUUUUCGUUGAAAUGAAGAGGAAAAGUCGUAUAGACAAUCUACGAGCUCGUCCCGCAUGGACACAACUUGUGUUUGCACAUGUCAACAAAGGUGACGUUGAUGCGGCAUUGAAUGUGAUCACUCGUGCUAAAAAGGAUGACAUGAAACCGAUUCUAAGGUCGUACUUUAUGAUCAUCAAUCGUGCUGCUUCACUGCAACGAGAAGACAUUCUUAGUACAAUUAAUCAGUUAAUUCUGGAAGAUUUUCAAGUGAUGAAGCAGGAAUUUGUUGAUCCCUUAUUGUUUUCUGCCCAUGUGAGGGCUGGCAAUCUUGACAGAGCAGACGACUUUAUGGCAAAAGUCGAUUUUGGUGAAAAUGAAUCUGUCUAUGGCAUAUAUGUCAACAUAUGUGCCAAUGAAGGAGACGUUGAACGGAUAAGGAGACUGAUGACCACUUUGUCUCAUUUAACAGUGGAGGAGCAGUAUGACCUGUGUGGGAUGCCACUGCUACGGGCAUAUCAACAUCUUCAAGAUCCAAACGGUUGUUUGUCUGUCUAUGAAGAGUUUAGACAAAGAGGGGCAAGUGUAUCGCCACGUUUCAAGCUUCUAUUAGCGACCGUCUUGAUGAAUCAUGGCAGAGUAGUUCCUGUAGAGCUGCUGCAUCUGCCAACUACAUCAAAUCGUAGACCCAGACGUCAGUCAUCGUCUCAAACUGCUGGAGUGUCAUCUUUAGGUGACAUCUCUAGUGACAGUUCAUCUUCCAGUGAUGAUGAGGCUGAAGACGAUGUAAACCAAGUCAUUGACAAAGACCCUGAACAUGUUUGAUUGAGGUUAUGUGAACAUGUGUUGUUGAUGGACACACGUAGUUGUCAUCAAAGGUCUAAAUUACUGCCCAGGAUUCUCUUUUUUUUCCAGUGGAGUAUAUUUUAGUGCGUUCAUAAGUGGCAAUUGUGGUGUGCGUGUGUUUGAGUUGAGUCAUGUGCUAUCAGAA